GAAGUGCCGUCGUGCUGCCUAGGAGACAGGACGCGGGCUCUGCGGCUGACAGGGCAGGGCCAGCCGCGCCCACCCGGUCGCCAUGGAGCUGCCUCCAGGGCCGCGCGACGAUCCCCACGCCUGGGACGAUGACUCGGACCCGGAGCUGGAGCCUGACCCCGAUGCGCAGGCCGAGGCUUACGUGGCCCGCGUGCUCAGUCCUCCGAAACUCGGGCUGGCACCCCCGCGCGCCCCUCCUUUGCCCGCGCCCACGGUGUCCCUUGGCGCUCUGGAACCGUGGGCCGCGUCCAAGGGCCCGACUGUGGCGGUUCCGGGCCUGCUGAGCCUACCCCCGGAGCUGCUGCUCGAGAUCUGCGCCUACCUCGACGCGCGCCUCGUGCUCCAUGUCCUGCCACGCGUUUGCCACGCGCUGCGCGACCUCGUGCGUGACCAUGUCACCUGGAGGCUACGCGCGCAGCGCCGCGUACGCGCGCCCUACCCAGUGGUGGAAGAGGAGGACUUUGACUGGCCGAAGGCCUGCAUUGAGUUGGAGCAGCACCUGUCACGCUGGGCAGAGGAUGGGCGCAGGGCUGAAUACUUCUGCCUGGCCGAUGGGCACUUUGCUUCCAUUGACUCGGUGCUGCUGCUUCAGGGUGGGACACUCUGCCUGUCGGGCUCCCGAGAUCGCAAUGUCAACCUGUGGGACCUUCAGCAGCUGGGGGUGGAGCCCAGCCGGGUUCUGGUCAAGACCCUGGGGACCCAGAAGAACAGCACUCACAAGGGUUGGGUGUGGUCACUGGCAGCGCUGGACCACCGAGUGUGCUCUGGUUCCUGGGACAGCACAGUGAAGCUCUGGGACAUGGCAGCUGACGGACAGCAGUUUGGCGAGAUAAAGGCCAAGGCAGCUGUUCUGUGCCUGUCCUACCGGCCAGAUAUCCUGGUGACCGGCACCUACGAUAAGAAGGUGACCGUCUACGAUCCCAGAGUUGGCCCAGCCCUGCUGAAGAGCCGGCGGCUGCACUCCAGCGCCGUGCUGGCACUGCUGGCAGACGACCGGCACAUCAUCUCAGGCAGCGAGGACCACACGCUCGUGGUGUUCGACCGCCGGGCCAACAGUGUCCUGCAGCGGCUGCAGCUGGACUCCUACCUGCUCUGCAUGUCCUACCAGGAACCUCAGCUCUGGGCCGGCGAUAACCAGGGCCUACUGCACGUCUUUGCCAACCGCAGUGGCUGCUUCCAGCUUGUCCGGUCCUUUGACGUGGGCCACAGGUCUCAGAUCACGGGGAUCAAGCACUCCCUAGGGGCCUUGUACACCACGUCCACCGACAAGACCAUCCGGGUACACGUGCCCACAGACCCGCCAAGGACCAUCUGCACUCGAAGCCACCACAAUGUGCUGAAUGGGAUCUGUGCUGAGGGCAACCUGGUGGUGGCCGCCUCUGGGGGCCUGUCGCUGGAGGUCUGGAGGCUGCAGGCCUGAGCAGGUGGAUGUGAUGUGGGUCUGCCUGCCGGCAGGCGGGGCCAUAGCCUGUGUUCUCGGGGGCGGGGACCUCCCCCCAUGCUGGUGCUGCCUCUGCCCUGCCCCACAGGCCUACAGCACAAGGGGUCCUGGCCACGGCCGUGUGGGGUCCCUGGGCUGGGCCCCACACCAGGGGAGGUGAGCUUUGUGUUCCAGCCCACCCAAGGGGGCUGCUCCCCACCCUCGGGCCCUGUUUUUGUUAUGAUUUGGAAGCUGGCUCUGCCUUGAGAGCAAAGGAGAAAUAAACCUACUGUACUGGUG